AAUAAAUCGAAGUGGUUGAGAAACUGACGGUAUCCGCCAUGAAAACGAAACUGGUCGUGGUACUUCUGUUGCUCGGGCUAGCUUGCGCAGAAGAAAGUAAAGGAAAGGUUAAAAGCUCCAAAGAGAAACGUCACAUUUAUCCAACUUUAUACAACAACCAAUAUAAUGAUGAAGGUCUUUUGAAUUCGUACAUUCCAAGUUCCGUUGGUGGUUACAACAAUUUCGACCAAUCUGGUUCACACAGCUCAUUCUCUGAAGAACAUCAAGAAUAUUCAGUUCCCACCACAUCGAACCUACAAAGCAACACGCACGAGUACCACCACAUCACGAAAAAAGUACAGGUACCGGUACCCCAACCUUACCCCGUGGAAGUCACCAAAACAGUAGAAGUACCCCAACCCUACCGCGUAGAAGUACCUAAACCCUACCCAGUACACUACAAAGUCAACGUCCCUUACGAAGUACCCAAACCGUACUACGUCAAAGUGCCCAAACCCGUACCGUACCAGGUCAAAGAGCACGUUCCCGUCGACGUACCGAAGCCCUACCCAGUAGUGGUGACCAAACGCGUGGAAGUACCGGUCGAAAAGCAAAUCCACGUACCCGUAGCAGUUCACGUCUCUGAACCAGUACCGCAACCUUACCCCGUGGAUGUAGUCACCAAGGAAGAAGUGAAAGUACCCACGCCGGUGUACGUGAAGGAGAGGCAGUACGUUCACAGCUACCAAUCGGGCGUACCGUGCGAACAUCACCAGGUUCCCCAGUACCACAACCAUUACGAGUACGGCCGAGGGGCCGAUUUGAGCAACCAGUACAGCCACUUAACGACCUCUUACCAAAAACCGCUGGUUAAUGUUGACAGUUUUAACACAGCUGGUAAACGGUACGACCAAGGUGCCCAGUACAGUCACAAUUACCAAUCUUAUAGUAAUGGAUUCGACGGAAAAAUCGAUGAUUCUAAUGGACUUUUGGCUUCGUAUAUUCCCAGCUCUUUGGGAGGAUACAAUGGUUUACACUGAGAAAUUGUAUGAACGAUGAUUGUAGUUUUAAGAUAUUUUGUUAAUAAAGGCUCAUUUUUAAUUUGUAUCUUUUUUUACAAGAUGAAUUAACAAAUUACCUACUAAUUACCCGAGCGAUAACUAAUUUGUAAUCGUCAGAAUAAAAUCAAUGAAAUUCUCAUAUUUAAUCCAAAAUGUUUAGAACAUACUCAUAGGUAUUUAGAGCUAUGUUAGGCAUUUUUAUCUAUCUUAUUUUUU